AUGGCAGCCAACGGUGUGAAUGGCAUGAAGGGAACUAGUCCAAAACAUGAUUUCUCCGCUCUCAGAGUGAAUCAGUCCCGGCUGUUGGAUGCAAUUCAUACAGGGUGUAAGUAUGGAGCGGAUCACCGGUAUGGGGACGAUCCCACCGAAACUGGUAUGGCAAGGCUGAGCUUGAAUGACGCUGAUAAACAAAUUCGGGAUUGGUUUACCGCUACAGCAGAGUCCCUGAACUGUAAGGUCACUGUUGAUCAGAUGGGCAAUCAGUUUGCCGUUCGACCGGGUAAGAAUAAGACUGCGUCCCCAGUCAUGAUGGGCUCGCACCUGGACACUCAGCCAACAGGGGGGCGGUACGACGGCAUUCUAGGCGUCAACUCUGGACUUGAAGUUCUCAAAGUACUGCAUGAGAAUAAUUUCGAGACGGAGGGAAGUAUUGGAGUGGUCAAUUGGACCAACGAAGAGGGUGCACGAUUUCCAAUGAUGGCUGUGUCGUCUGGUGUCUGGGCGGAAGCCGUCCCAUUGGAGACCGCCUGGCAUCUCGCCGAGGUGACUCCUGGGGACGACGGCCACCGCAAGACAAUGAAGCAGGAACUGGAGAGAAUCGGCUACCUUGGAUCCCAACAAGCAUCCUACAAGGCUUUCCCAAUGGCCUGCCACUUCGAGGUCCAUAUCGAGCAGGGCCCCAUCUUGGAGGCAGAAAAAAGACGAGUUGGCGUUGUCAAAGGCGUGCAAGCCUUCAAAUGGUUCGAAAUUACUGUUAAGGGUCGUGACUCUCAUGCAGGGACGACACCUUUUACAGCACGUAUGGACUCGAUGCUCUGUGCAGCCAAAUUGAUUGUUGAGUCCAACGCCAUUGCGAAGAAGCUGGGUGGUCUGGCGACAACUGGCAUUUCAACAGCGCACCCUGGAUCGAUUAACACCAUGGCUCACACCGUGAUAUUCACACUCGAUGUCCGACACAACGUAGACGAAAAGCUCGCUGAGAUUGAGAAGGAAUGUCGUGCGGAAUUCGCCCGGAUCUCUGAGAAGGAGAGCGAAAAGGGGUGCACGGUUGAAUGGAAGGAAUUGGUUGACAGUCCCGCGGUUACCUUCCACCCUGAUUGCAUUGCAGCAGUACAAGCCAGUGCUGAAGAGGUUUGUCAUGGAUUGCAUAUGACGGCGGAUGACGGUAGACUCUGGAAAGAUAUGAUCAGUGGAGCUGGCCACGAUAGCUGCUACACCAACCGUCGGUGUCCGACAAGUAUGAUCUUUACACCCACCCGUGAGGGCAUCAGCCAUAACCCUCAGGAGUAUUGCAGUCCUGAAGACUGUGCUAUUGGGGCCCAAGUAUUGCUUGGUGCAGUACUCCGCUACGAUAGAUCAAGAAUGGAGCGAGGAGAUUUCGCAUGA